CGGUGUCCUUGCCGCCCACUUCCGCCCUGUCCUAGUGGCAGUUACUCUUCGAUUGUAUUUAUCAAUAGAGCAUUAAUCUGACUCUAACUCGCAGGUUGAGUGUUUGGCAGCCUGUGAUGCUUGGAGAGAGGCUGGGCUGCAGGGACAGGCCGACGGUGGAAACAUGACUUCCGAGUAACAUUGAGUCACUUUCUCUGCUCAGGAUGAACAGCGAAGAAGAGUUUUACGACGCUGAGACAGGGCUGGAGUCAGAUGAUUCCUGUGAAGUCAGUUUCAAAGAUGCCCUGGUGUUUGACAAUAAGCAGGUGACAGGUGGCAGCUCCACACAGGAGAAUGGAGUGUGGGAGCGCAGGAAAUCCCUACCUGCUGACAUGAUCUCCAGGAACAAUUUCAGUGUGUGGAGCAUACUGAAGAAAUGUAUUGGCAUGGAGCUUUCCAAAAUAGCGAUGCCAGUUGUGUUCAACGAGCCGCUGAGCUUUCUCCAGAGAAUCUCGGAGUACAUGGAGCACACUCACCUCAUCCAUAAAGCCUGCAGUUUGUCUGACUCCAUAGACCGCAUGCAGGUUGUUGCUGCGUUUGCUGUGUCGGCUGUAGCAUCUCAAUGGGAAAGAACUGGAAAGCCGUUUAAUCCUUUGCUUGGGGAAACGUAUGAACUCACAAGAGAGGACGAGGGGUACAGAUUGAUCUCGGAGCAGGUGAGCCACCACCCUCCUGUCAGUGCCUUCCACGCUCAGUCUCUGAAGCAAGAGUUCGAGUUUCACGGCACCAUCUACCCCAAACUAAAAUUCUGGGGGAAAAGUGUGGAGGCCGAGCCCAGAGGAACCAUGACACUAGAGCUACUGAAACACAAAGAAGCUUACACCUGGACAAACCCUUUAUGUUGUGUUCAUAACAUCAUCCUCGGAAAACUCUGGAUUGAGCAGUACGGAACUGUGGAGAUCGUCAACCACAGUACGGGAGAUAAGUGUGUGUUGAACUUCAAGCCGUGCGGCAUGUUUGGGAAAGAGCUGCACAAAGUAGAAGGUCACAUCCAAGACAAAAGUAAGAAGAAGCGGCGGGUGAUUUAUGGAAAGUGGACAGAGUGCAUGUACAGCGUGGACCCCAAGCUUUACGACACAAACAGGAAGUCAGACAAGAAGACAGGGGCGGACCCUAAAAAGCUGAAUAAGGAACAAAGUUGUGAAGGUGAGGAGGCAGAUGAGAUGCCAGACGUUCAAGAGACUGUGACUGUGAUACCAGGAAGUGCCUUACUGUGGAGGAUAACGCCACGGCCUGCUCACUCAGCAAAGAUGUAUAACUUUACCAGCUUUGCCAUGACACUCAAUGAGCUGGAGCCUGGCAUGGAGAGACUCCUGGCACCAACAGACUGCCGGUUAAGGCCGGACAUCAGAGCCAUGGAAAAUGCAGAUAUAGACGCGGCAAACGCAGAGAAAGAGAGGCUAGAGGAGAAACAAAGGGCUUCACGUAGGGAACGUGCCAAGGACAAGGAGGAGUGGUCAACUAGGUGGUUUAAGGUGGGAACAAAUCCUCAUACAGGCUCUGAGGAUUGGCUGUACACAGGUGGAUACUUUGACAGGAAUUACACUGACUGUCCCAACAUUUAUUGACACCGGAGAUGCUCAGAAUGAAGAUCUCCUCUCUGAUAGGAUGAACUUUACUUCUCAGCAUCUAAGGAUGUGUGUCUGUGACGCUCACUGGUACUGUCUGCGUGUGAAACAAUGAACAGCUGAUAUCAGAGUGUUAUCGGACAGAUUAUCAGAUUAUGACUGUGAAAAAUGUCCACAAAAAGAGAAAUGUUCUAUUAAGGAGAUUUUUUAGAGUUUACUUACUAUAAAUGUCAACAUCUUCAUCUUUAUAGGCCCCAAUUAUAAUAAUAGUCCAUACACAAAUCUCACCUGUUGAGGGUUUAAAAACAGUCAUCUGUUUCAGUGUGUUCAUGCAACUACAGGACUAAAAUCUCUGGGGUCGUUUAUAUCCUGCAUUAACAACAGUUUUGGGUAUUCCAAUAUCAAAUGGUAAUCCUUAAAGCUAGGUGUGGAUGUGCCUCAGUGUAUACUGAGGACGAUUUUAUAUCCAGUGGCUCAGAGUGCCUACGAAUUUGGGCUAGGAUAGCUUCAUCUGGAUUGGUAUGAUAGUGCAGAUGCCAAUACAUACUGGUAUGCAUUAAAGAUUUAAUUAUUGGUAAUCCAUAAGUAAGCAAAAAGAGUGGCUUACUGUGCACCCAGCCUCACUUUGAGAGAUGGGAACUCCAGCUCUUUGAGAGAACUGGAUGAUUGACUCAGCUCAGUAAUAAAAAUCUGUCUUUUGGCUCCCAAAUGGUUCUUUGUUUGGUACCACUUGGCUUUUUUAUGUUUAUUGAACAACAAUGGAGAGCUGGAAACCAGCUCUCAAGCGGGAGCUGGCUCCCGUCAUUCAUAUGAAAGAGAUGUCUCCUAGAACUAGCUCAUUUGCAAACACCAAUCUUGAAUUGAGUGGGAAGUUAUCCUAGCUGCCAUUGGGCAAGAGGCAGGGUACACACUGGACUGGUCCCCAUUCAAACGCAGGGCUGACACAUGGAAACAAACAACCAGGCACUCUCAUGAUGACACCUACGGCCAAUUUAGAGCCACCAAUUAACCUAACGAGCCGGAGAGAAACCAUACACGGGGAGAACAUGCAAACUCCACACAGAAAGGCCCUGACUGGAAAGCGAACCAGGAACCUUCUUGUGCCGCCGUGCAGCCCUAAUCAUUACCCCUUUAGAUUUAUUUGCUGAGUAGUACACCUCUAUUUCCUUUAAAAGCACUUUUAUGACUAAAUGAGGGAGAAAAGCUGCUCCCAUUCAUAUGUAUUGCUCGCAGCCUCCUUGUGCAUUGCAUGCAGGUAUACUUACAUCAGGGCAAUGAUGUAUGGACUGGAUAAGAAAUUUGAGAAUUCACAUUGCAGACUGUAACUGAAUACGCAUUAUAAAUGCAUUGUGUUGAUGCACAGCAUUACUUGGUAUCUGAAUGCUUAAAAUGGAUGUUAAUGCAAAAUGUAAACAAGAUCUCUGACCUCUAAAGGACAUUUUAGUUCAGAUGUUUAACCAUAAUUUCACCCGUAGAUGAACCGCACACUUCAGUCCAGUUGCAUUCAAAUAUCAGGGGUUAUUUAAACACAUCUGUUACUUUUAUAUACAAAUAUAAAUAUAACCUAUUUGAAUUUUAGAUGUCUAUUUUAGUUAGCUGUAAACUUCCCUUAAAACAUCACAACUGUGAUAAUUUUCUGUGAAUAGAGACUUAAAAUAGAGACAAAAGCUGCUUAUUACCAUGUUUACUCGCACAGUAAACAGAUAUUGUUGGUACAUUAUAUCGUCAGCUGUAACAUACAGUAGAUAAUGUGUAUAAUAAUUGGUGCAUGCAUGAUCACCAAGAGGAUUAUUUACACAAGUUAAAGCCAUAAAAACCUUUUGUGCACUAAUUAUGAUAGUGUAAAUGCAUUUACAUAAAAGCAAAGGGAAACAGACUGGUUGGCUUAAGCAGGAGGUUUGUAGAGAUGAUGUUGAUAGGAAAUUCUGAGCCUUAACAGUCAAAACAGUAAUAAUGAUUUGAUUAUUAUGCUUUGUUUAUUUCUAGCUGAGGAGUAUCCUGUGAUAAGUUUUGUAACUACACAUCCCAACAAUUUUGGGCUGUAAACUGGGAGUGUAAAGUUGCCAUGGAGUCAGUUAGGUUGAUAUUUUUGGUCUGCUACUUGAGCCGUGUUUUUAGCCUGUUUUUUUUUUUUUAUAAUUAUUAUUUCCGUAUUUGCACCAUGAAAGAAUGCCAAAUUAGCUAUUUGAAGUUCCUUUUGGUUAUGUACCAGAUGGAGUACACCUAACUGUCUCUGAUUACUUUUUUUUACACAGAAGAAAGUUUAAAAACAUUUUUUUCUUGGUCGUUUUUGAAAUUUCAGUAGUGUGAUUUAUUAGCCGAAGUUUUUGGAAAUCUGUUUUCAAUAUUGUGUUAUUUCCAAGACUUCUAGGUUAGAAGAUGUGUUUUUAUUUUUGACUGAGUUCAACAAGGAUUAAAUUUGAGUCAAAUUUUGGCUCAAUUGUUUUUCUCAUGGUUGUAAAACCUUUGGUAAAAAGAAAGCUGUCACAGUCGGGCUCCUGGCAUUUGUCUGCAGAUUACUCUGGUUGUUUUCAGAGUUCCCAUGUUGAUGCCCUGACUCCAUUUUUCUAUCAGUCAAAGCUGCAAGCAGCUUAAAAAGAGGGCGUUGCAGCCAUCAUGUACCUAUGCAAACUGCUCCACCCAGUCUGCCCUUCUAAAAUGUGAAAAACAAAAACAAAACGCUUCACUCCUUCUUAGCUAGUGGUCAUUGUGGGCUUCCAACACUACAGAGGCAGCCGUUAAUGAAUGUUGUGUGCUGAUGUGAUAACGCUUAAAACCUACAUUUACAUAAACAUUCAUGCUGUGCAUUUGUUAGACAGUAUAGAGAUGUUUCUCUUUGUUCCAAGCACUAACCUUUGCAUAAACUGCACAUGUGAACGCUCACAGUCCAAUGCACAUAUUGUAUCAUGAAAUAUCCUACAUCAUGUCCUCCCAACUUUAUUCUGAAUUCAAGCACUUUGUGAGGCCUGCAGACACUCGGAGCUGCAGGUUCAGUCUCUCAGUCUCAAACUAUUUUUGCUCAUGUCUGUCUAGCAUCAUUAUGAAAAUGUUUACAUUGUUUCUUCAUGGAUUUCCUGUUUUGUUUUUGCUCCACAUACAGCUAUCCACAUUCAACCAUACAUGGCAUAUUUGACAAAUAAAUUAUGGACUAUUGAAAUUA